AUGGGAACCCUGGCCGCCCCGCCGGGUACCCGCCUGAAACCCGACUCAACGGGGGUCUCAAUAACUGGCCGCAGUGGGGAAUUGCCGGAUUCGGGCAUACCCGAAACCCGUCAGAAGCGGGUUACCAAUGGGGAUGGAUCGAGAAGUAUCCGCCCCGUUCCCGUCCGUCCACAAAACGACGCCGUUUUGGCACCUGGGGUCACUCGCAACCUCAGUUCUAAGUUCUUCCGUUCAUCAUUACCUUCACUCUGCUCAGAGCACAGUCGAGGUUCGCAUCAGGGCAUCAGGCAUAAACUCCCCAUCUGCAGUUUGGUCGACAAAUCCUACCUCUCUAGAUUACAGAUGGAUGGUGCAAUUGCAAAUGAUGCUUUGAAUGUGAAUGAUCCUCCUGUGCCUAAUUCUCUAAAUCAUGAUGUUAAUGGUAAUGUUAACGGUAAUGGUAAUGGUAAUGGUACUGUUAAUGGUAAUGGUACUGUUAAUUUGGCUGAUGGGAUUGAAACUGGUGAAGUCAUUCUUGAGGAAGAUAAGAAGUUGACUUCUGAUGUCUGGCCUCAUUUUGUUAGAGUGAAGUUUAAUGGUGUUGUUAAGGCUAAGUGUCGUUACUGUACAAAACGACUUGGUGAUGAUACUACUAAGAAACUUGAUGUUACGUUUUGUUUAUGUCCCUGCUCCUCACACUAG